UUCAAAAAUAUAAUAUUAAUCUAUAUUAAUAUAACUAAAUACAAGUGUAAAAAGUUAUAGAAUCUCCAAAAUGGAGGAAGAUUUAAAGAAAUUGAAGGCUGCCAGGGGGCAAGCCAAAUGUAGUAUCACGAAUAUUUGUAAUUUCACAAACGUGAUUAAAAACUUAGAAGAAUAUAAGGAGGAGUUUUUAGAAUAUGAGGAGAAGUAUUUUUGUGCUUUGUCUGCCUUGACUGAGUACCUCACCAUGAAACAAGGUUACUCUGCUUCGUCAUCAGGAAAUGCUUCCACCAGCUUAACUAACAACAAUCACACAUUCCAACGCUUGCCACCUAUCGAUAUAAAAAAGUUUAGUGGAAAGGUAUGUGAAUACUAUGAUUUUAUUAAUCUUUUCACCAGUGUAAUUGCCAAUAACUCAAGCUUAUCGUCCUGUGACAAGUUUUAUUACUUAAAAACAUCAUUAGAGGGCGAGGCUGCUGAUGUAAUCAAGCAUUUAGGCCUAACUUCUGAAAAUUACACAGUAGCAUUACAACUUUUGGCUGAGAGAUAUGAUAACAAAAUGAAAAUAAUUAACCACCACAUAUCUGCUUUAUUAGACAUAGAAUGCCUAACAAAAUGUACUGCACCUGCCUUAAGAAACAUUGUUGCACAAGCUAAACAGCAUCUAGCUGCUUUAAAAACGUUGGAGGUACCAACUGAUCAGUGGGAUCUCAUCAUCAUUUGUAUUUUACAAAGAAAGUUGGACCAACAAACGUUGCGGUAUUAUUAUUUAGAACUUAAAGACGGCUUACAUAAUUUGCAAUCUUUUCUCAAAUUUAUAGAACAACGAGCUGCUGCGUAUGAGACUGUGGCAGAUGGCUAUAGUUCCAGCUUAAAAAGAGGUCAUGCAGUGAGUGGGAGCCGCACCGCAAGUCUGGUAACAACCUCCACCCAAAAUAGCAACAACAACAAUGACAACUGUAAGUUUUGCAAUUCAAAAUAUCACUUGCUUCACCAGUGUGAGAAGUUUAAGCUAUCUAACUACUCAGAUAGAAUCAACUUUAUUGAAUCCAAUAAGUUGUGUAAAUUAUGUUUAAGGUUACAUAGCCAAAAGUGUAGGUAUGCAUUUAGGUGUAAUAUUUGUAAAGAACGGCAUAAUUCUUUACUGCACCAGGAGAAAAAACCAAAGCAGGUGGCAUUGUCUAUGAACAUGGGUAAUAAUAUUUUAUUGCCUACAUUAAAUGUGGGGUUACAUGAUAAAAGUGGGAAUGUAAUUUACACUAAGGCAUUAUGUGACUCGGGGAGUCAAGUUUCAUUAGUGUUACAUGAUUUAAUUAAAUCAAUUGAUUGCAAUAUUUACAAUGAACAGAGUGUUAUUACUGGCAUUGGUUAUGAGACAAAUAAUAUUUCACAAAAGGCUGAAUUUACAAUUCAUUCAACCACAAACCAAGAGGCACUUACAUUAUCAUGCUGUGUAGUGGAGAAUAUUACGUGCAACAUGCCUCAAUUUUCAAUAGAUGCAAAAGAAUUAAAUAUUCCUGAUCAUGUACAGUUAGGAGAUAAAAACUUUUACAAAAAGGAGAAGAUAGGUAUCCUGUUAGGGUGCGAUAUUUUCUUUCAAUUGCUCUUGCGGGAUCAAAUCCCAAUUGUACCUGGAGGUCUUUGUUUGUAUAAAACUUUGUUUGGGUAUGUUGUGGCUGGUAAGGUCCCUAGACAGGGUAAUACUAUACAGGGUGAUGAAAAUAGUUCAAGCAGUCAUCUUUUGAACGUUGAGUCAGAGUCGCAACAUAACUUAGAAUUAUUAAAUGAGUUAAAUACAAAUAUAAGUCAACUCUGGGAGUGUGAAAAAAUUACUGAAACAUUCACAGAGGCUAACACAGAACAAGAACUUGCUGAAAAAAUUUAUAAAGAGACAGUAGAAUUAAAAGAAGGCAGGUUUCAUGUUUCAUUAACUUUGAAGCAAGAUUAUGAUAAAAUAAAGUUAGGAGAUUCAUUGACAAGAGCUUUACAAAGAUUUCACAAUUUAGAAAAAAGAUUUGCAAAGGACAGGGACCUAUUUUUAAAAUAUAAAGCAUUCAUUGAUGAAUAUGUAUCUUUAGGUCAUGCACAGUAUAUUGAAAUUGAAAAAUAUAAUAUAGACGAUGUUCCAUUUUAUAUUUUACCGCAUCAUCCUGUAUUCAAUGACAAAAGUAAGACAACAAAAAUGAGGGUAGUUUUCGAUGGGGGGAUGCGUACAAAUGAGAAUGUGUCAUUAAAUGACAUAUUGUUAAAUGGACCCACGGUUCAAAAUGAAUUAUUUAACAUUCUAACUUUGUUUAGAUUUCACAAAUAUAUUCUUAUAUCUGAUAUAAAAAUGAUGUUUAGAAAUCUUAUGUUAGACGAAAACCACUGCUCAUUGCAGAACAUUUUAUGGCGUGAGACGCCUGAAGAGAACAUAAAGGUCAUUCAACUUAAAACUGUGACGUAUGGGCUUAAAUGUUCAAGCUUCCUAGCAACGCGAUCUCUGAUAGAGCUAGCUGAUAUGUAUGAGGAGGACUAUCCCCUAGGAGCUUUUGCAUUGAAGCAUAAUGCAUAUGUUGAUGAUAUUAAUACAGGGUGUAAUGACAUUGAAGAGCUCAAAGAAACAAAAAGGCAGUUAUGUGAACUGUUACAAAAGGGAGGGUUUGAGUUACACAAGUGGUGCUCAAACUGUCCAGAACUUCUCAGGGACAUACCACUCGAUAAACAAAGUAUAAGUGAGGUCGAUUUAUUUAAAUCUGAACAUGUUUUGAUCAAAACUUUAGGUCUUACAUAUGAUGUCAGUACAGACACUUUACGAAUUAACUGUCCUGAGCAAAAUUUAUUAGAUAUCUACACAAAACGACAGGUAUUGAGCUUCAUGAGUAAAGUUUUCGAUCCGCUAGGUCUAGUAGGGCCAGUUGUAGUGUUAGCAAAAAUUAUUAUGCAGAGAACUUGGGCUUGUAAAAUUCAGUGGGAUCAGCCUAUCCCUCAAGAACUAAACAGUGUUUUUAUAAAUUUUGCAAAAAAUUUAUUUAAAAUGAAUGUUAGCGUUCCUAGGUGCAUAAAUACAGUAUCUGUUAAACAGAUAGAUCUUGUAGGAUUCUCCGAUGCAUCCAGCAAGGCACAUGGUUGCUGCUUGUACAUAAGGGUCAUUGACUCUGAAGGAAAUAUAAGUGUAACUUUAUUGUGCUCCAAAUCUAGAAUAAAUCCAUUAAAACAGCUUAGUAUUCCUAGGCUUGAAUUAAACAGCGCGUUGUUAUUAGCGCAUCUUGUAAAAAAGGUUUACGAUGAAAUAAACAAAUUAAAUAUUAAUCCCUGUGUGUAUCUACAUUCUGAUUCACAGAUAACGUUGGCUUGGCUUAAAACCGAGCCCCAACAGCUGACAGUUUAUGUUUCAAAUAGGGUAAAGACUAUACAAGAAGAAACUCAGGGUUUCUCGUGGUUUUAUGUAAACAGUCAUGAAAACCCAGCAGACGCCUUAUCGAGAGGAGUUGAACCUCAUUUAUUAGAGACAAAUGAGCUGUGGUGGCGAGGACCUGGCUUUUUAUAUUGUAAAGAAUUCCCCAACAAUAGGGACAAUUUCACGAUGCCAACUGAUAUACCUGAAACAAAGGUUUGUUUGGCGGUAGAUAAAGCUGAAAAACAAAAAAAACUUGAAGUGUUUUCUAAGUUUUCAAGCUUAAACAAAUUAAUACGUGUGAUGGGAUAUGUUUAUAGAUUCAUUAACAUAUGUAGAAAAAAGGCUAAAAGAAAUGCAGGUCGUUUAUCUUGUCAAGAAGUAGAUGCUUCAUUAAAAAUGAUCAUUAAGUAUGAUCAACAACAGCAUUUCAAAGAGGAAAUCGCAGGUUUAUCUUUAGGGAAAGAAAUUGCAUCACAUUUAAAGGCAUUAAAUCCGUUUGUUGACGGCAUGGGUCUUAUGCGAGUAGGUGGAAGGUUACAACAUGCUGACCUACCUUACUAUCAAAAACACCCAAUCAUAUUAGCCAAAAAAUCUAAUAUAACCCAUCUAAUUAUUGAAAAUGAGCAUAAAACUUUGAUGCAUGCAGGUCAAAAAUUGAUGUACGCUUCCUUGAGCCAAAGAUACCAUAUAGUAAACGGCUUAAGGGAAAUUAAGCAUGUAGUACACAAAUGUCUCAUAUGUUUCAAAUUGAAGGCAAAAACGUCAGAGCAGCUGAUGGGAUCUCUGCCUCCAGACCGAGUCAACCCAAGUAGGUGUUUUGAAAAGGUAGGCAUUGAUUUUGGAGGUCCAUUCAUAGUCAAAAUGCAUCGUAUAAGAAAAGCUCUUACGUACAAGGCAUACAUAUUAUUGUUUGUCUGUUUUGCCACAAAGGCAAUUCAUAUUGAACUUGCAUCUAGUUUAACAACUGAAUGUUUUUUGCAGUGUCUGAAAAGAUUUAUAGCUAGGCGUAAUAAGCCCUCUGUUAUAUAUUGUGACAAUGCUUCGACCUUUAAAGGCGCGAAUAACGAAUUAAACGGAUUGUAUAAGUUACAAGAUAAUCAACAGCACCAAGACCUGAUUCUUGAUUUUACUACUAGUGCAGGCAUAGAUUUUAGCUUCAUUCCAAGCUACUCACCAGUGUUUGGAGGCCUUUGGGAAGCCGGAAUUAAAAGUGCCAAAGGACACAUUAAAAGAGUGGUGGGUAAUCAAAUAUUAACUUAUGAGGAGUUAAAUUCAGUUGUUAUACAAAUAGAGGGAAUUUUGAAUUCAAGACCACUGUUAUCUUUACAAACAGCUGACUUUAAUAAUAUGUCUUACAUAACACCAGGCCACUUCCUUACUGGUGCCACCUUGAGCACUGUUCCUGAACCUAAUAUCAGUAACAUACCAAUCAACCGUUUAAAAUUUUGGAAACAGUGCAGUCACAUGACUCAAUGUUUCUGGAAAUCAUGGUCUAGAGAGUACCUCAUGCAACUUCAGAGUAGGCCUAAAUGGCGUAAGCCACUACCUAACAUAUCAAAGGGUAUGUUGGUCAUCUUACGAAUUGAUAAUGCCCCUCCUUUGGUUUGGCCUAUGGCUCGUGUGGUGGAGACAUUCCCUGGUGCAGAUGGGAAGGUAAGGGCCUUAACUGUCAUCACACCAAAAGGCACAGUAAUGCGUACUAGUAUAGGUAAGGUUUGUCUUUUGCCUAUAGAAGACAAUCAGAAUCAAAUCUGAGGACAUAAGGUUGCUAUCUGGUUGUUUUCAGGAUUGCUGUGUGAAUCUCACUCACUCACGGUUAGGUAUAUAAUAAUAAAAUGUAUUCUAAUACAUAGGUUAGGUCAUAGAAAGAUUCUCGGCCAUUGUUAAGUUUUGUCGUUAAAAUUCCUAGUUACUACAGGAAAUUACGAAGUAAAAAAUAACUUAAAAUAAGAUUUAGUUUAAGUAAUAAAGUAGAAAUAAGCAUUUGUCAUAAGAACAUCUUGUUCCUUUUUGUUGGUUGAUGUUGUGUAAUGUUUAAACUAUUCAGUAUCAUUUCAACACAUUCUCAGUAUCACAAAAAUAGUUUAAAAAUUGCUCAUAGUACCUAAUUAUAUGAAAGGUUGUAAAUUGUUAAUAGUUUUUCAUAAGUACUUACAAAGGUAUAAUAUAAUAACAGCUCUAAGCAUCAACAUGAAAGAAAUUGAUAAAACAUUAAUUUGUCUGUUUCCACUUACUGAUACUUAAUAGGUACAUACCUACUGUGUUUUCUUACUUGCAAAAAUAAAACCACCUUUUUUAAUGUUUGUAUAAAUUUAUAUUUGUUAGGAUAUAUCUUUAUGAUGUACACAUCAUGUUGUCAAGCAAUAAAUUUAAAUUGAAACUAAAUGAGUAAACUCCUAAAAAUAUGUAGUAGGUCAAUCCUAUUGUAACUACUUUAAAUUAAAAAUAGAAAACUUUUAAUGUUUGUUUAAUACUUUUAGCUUUUAAGUAGUUUAUCUUGCUGGGCCCCCAGUUAUGUACGAUACAGACAUGUAUGUAGGUAGAUGUAUGUACAUAUAGUACUUAUGAGUCAGUCACACGUCGUACGCCCUGACAAACACAUGUGUAAACUUACAAGUUGAAUAAUAUACAGUCCAUUCAAUAUUU